ACCCCCUGCCGGUCGUAUGUGAGCUUCCUUUUAUCCACGACUGCUCUGGCAUUACUUAUAUAAAGUACAGAAGACCGGCAUGUACGCGACUUCUCUGUAUUGAUGAGAUGUGAGGAGCGCGGCGGUUGCCGAUAGCAGCGCUGCUGCGACUGCUGGAUGAGCACUACUGGCACUGGUUCUCGUGUCUAGCGGUUUCGCGAAUUUCUCACUUCAGAAUCAUGCCAUGGGGGCUUGCUGGACUCAGUGCUGUGGGCUCAUCCGAAGAGAGGCAAGCAGGAUCGGCCGCCCAGCAGGGGCGUCCAUGUACUUCAGGAGCAGCACCACAGGGGAGCAUUACACCAUAGAGUUUGAAAACCUUGUUGAGAGCGAUGAGGCGGAGAGCCCUGGAAGCACUCACAGAGUGAUCAGCGAGGUGGAAAUGGCUCCUGCGAGGGAACAUCACUAUGCUGCCGUCUGUGACAAGCAGCUGGUGACUGAUGGGAGGAUAAAGGUCGAGCACAUGAGAGUCAAAACAGGGGGAGGAAGCCUUGGAGACGGUCAGAAAAUACUGCCAAGUGGGUAUGACUGUGAGAGAUACCUGCAGAAUUCCAGGGCCACAUCGGAACCAUUCCGGAGCAGCAGACUUUACUCAGAGGCAAAUGUGGCUACGCCCAACACAGAGAGCAGCUACGACUUCACAAGCAAAACGCGCUCAACUGAUGGUGACGGCACCUCACUAGACCUCGAGUGGGAGGACGAAGAGGGCAUGACCCGUGUGGUGCUGGUUCGGGAGCGCUCACACACUGAGGAGGACAUUCUGCAGGCUGCGCUGCGCUCAUCGCGUGCCCCGAUGGGCAGUGGGACUGCCUCUGACGAGUCCAAUGCCCUGGAAUGGGAGAACGACUUUGCUAGCCUUCAUGCCGAAGUCACGGGUGGCUCUGAGUAUUACGGCUUCAUUAACCCACUCCUAGACAUGCCCCCGUGGGAUCCCGCUGAUGACUCUGGCUCUGAUAAGCAGGACAGAUAGUCUCAAGCAGGAAGAAGACCGGACACCUGCGUAAACCUGAAAUAACAUGUCAAAAUUUGCAGUUGUUGUGAUAACUGUGUGCAGAUAUUGUUUGCACUGGCAUAUUUAUUAGUAGUGUGAUUAUCUGUAGAAUGUGUGUGUAUUCUCUAAGUGGUAUUCACUGGUACCAACCCUACUACUAUUGGUACAUUAUGGAUAUGGCAAUUCAAAACUUUUUUUUUUGGCCUGUAUUUUUAUGUUUACUACAUGUCGAAUCAAAACCUGAAGCUUCAACACUGUUCUAUCCUUUUGUAUUUUUUGUUUCAUAUUGCCCUAUUUAUUUAAUUUAGCCUUAAGGAGUCUCAACCUAUAUAUACACAUUGGUGAGGAAAACUAUGUGAACCCUUUGGAAUUAGUUGGUUUUCUGUAUUAAUUGGUCAUAAAAUGUCAUCUCACCUUAAUCAAAGUCACAAGUAGAGACAAACACACUAUCCUUAAGCUACCAAGACACAAACAAUUAUCUUUCAUGGCUUUAUUGAACACAUCCCAUUAAACAGGCACAGUGCUGUGGAAAAAGUAAGUGAAUACUUAGAUUUAGUAGAUAAUUGAUCCUCCUUUGGCAGCAAUAACCUCAACCAAGCUUUUCCAGUAGCUGCAGAUUAGACCUGCACAACAUUCAGGAGGAAUUUUGGACCACUCUUCCUUACAGAACUGCUUCAGUUCAGCCAUCUUCUUAGGAUGUCUGGUGUGACCAGCUCUAUUGAGGUUGUGCUACAGCAUCUCUAUGGCAUUAAGGCAGAUUUUCUUUUUUUGAAGCCAUUCUCUAGUGAAUUUACUUCGAUCUUUAGGAUCAUUGUCCUGCUGCAUCACCCAGCUUCUACUGAGCUUCAGUUGUCGUACAGCCACCCUGAUAUCCUGUAGGAUAUGUUGAUAAACUUGGGAAUUCAUUUUUCCCCUCAAUGAUGGCAAGUGGUCCAGGCAGCAAAGCAGCCUCAAAUCAUGAUGCUCCCUCCAUCAUACUUAACCGUUGGGAUAGUGUUUUCAUGUUGGUAUGCAGUGCCCUUUUUUUACGCCAUACAUAGUGCUGCUCGUUCUUCCCAAAAAAACUCAGCCUUAGUUUCAUCAAGCCACAAAACAUUUUCCCAGUAGUGUUGUGGAGUGUCAAGGCAGUAUUUGGCAAACAUCAGGUGUGCAGCAAUGGUUUU